CGACGUUGGAUGUUGGCUGCGAUAUACACCCAGUUGAUAACACUGACUCUCACAUCAAUAACACUAGCCUUUAUAUUCGAGUACUCAGUGCUCAGUCCUCAUUGUAGCAGGGAAAGGUGACAAUUUUCACCAAAGCAUACGAAUGACCGCAGCAGUCGUCACGAUUUUGUGGGCGCUAGCAGUUGGAUGUUCAGCUGUUAACACAAAGCUUGACUGCCCUUUUGAAACCAACUUCUGUCUGUGGACAAAGGAUCAAGGAACCGACAAGUUUGACUGGAAUCUGAUACCAUGGACUGCCCAAGCCGGCACCGGACCAAGCGGUGACCACACCACUGGAAAGGGACACUACAUCCACGUGGGAUCGUCUCUCGGUACAAAUGGAGACAAUGCACAGUUGAUCAGUCCGACGUUGACCAUCGCCAGUGGUCAGUCCAAAUGUCUGGUCUUCUACUACACCAUGUACGGAGAGCACGUCAACAACCUCAACGUGUACGGGAAGACCAGCACGACGAGGAACCGCAUCUGGACUCGCCAUGGCAACCAGGGAACCGACUGGAUAGAGGCAAGAAUUGCCCUCCCAGAGGCUUCGGACUUUCAGGUUGUGAUCGAGGCUGUUCGCGGAGACGGCGAGAAAGGUGACAUUUUCAUCGACGACAUUAAAGUUAUCGACGGGCCUUGUUCUCUGCAAGCGUCCAAGCUUAUCACCUGCAGUUUUGACAACGACAUGUGCGGCUGGACUCAAAUGAAGAACGACGACUUCGACUGGACACGACAUCAGGGAUCCACAGCUUCCAGUGGGACGGGGCCUCUGCUUGAUCACACAACAGGCAAGGGGUACUACCUCUACACAGAGGUCAGUGGACUGACAGCCAACAAGACAGCCAGAAUUCAGAGUAACACCAUCAUCCCUCGCUUGGUGACCCAGUGUCUGUCCUUCUGGUACCACAUGCACGGCGACCAUAUCGGCACCCUCAACGUCUACAUCAAGUCCACCUCAAUGAUAGGCAGCCCCAUCUGGACCAAGACAGGAACCCAGGGCCUGACCUGGAACCAAGCUGCCAUCACCGUGGUGGAGGGACAUACGCCAUACUCGGUUGUUAUAGAAGCUGUGACGGCAGACGGGUAUAACGGAGGCAUUGCCGUCGAUGACGUCUUAUUGGCAGAUAAUGCAUGCACGGUGCGACCGGUUGUCCACACCACUGUCCACCCAGGGCAAGUCGUCAGGAAAUGUGACUUUGAAGGCAUUUCAAUGUGUGGCUACACUCAGGACACCACGGACACCUUUGACUGGACGUUGACGUCACAUGCAACGUCCACUGACGGCACAGGACCCAGCAACGACCACACCUACGGAACAUCAAGUGGUCACUAUCUGUACACUGAAGCAUCCUCCCGAAUACAGGGGGACACAGCACGCAUCUUGUCGCCGACCUAUCAUGACAGCCAGGCAAUGUGUGUUAAGUUUUACUACCACAUGUACGGAUCUUCCAUGGGAACGUUGAACGUCUAUGUUAAGGUCGGAAACAACAGAGGUCGACCACUUUUUGUACGAAGUGGUAACCAGGGCAAUUACUGGUCUUUUGGACAGGCAACAAUCCCAGCAACUUCCGCUUCAGGAUACCAGAUGGUGUUUGAAGGAAUCAGUGGCUCAAACUACAAAUCAGACAUAGCUCUGGACGAUGUCAAGUUCACCGUGGGAGUAUGUUCUAUUCCUGGCGACUGCACGUUCGAAUCUGGCCUGUGCACUUGGUCGAACACUGGCAUGGGAGAUCAGUUUGACUGGACCUUGGGUUCCGGUUUGACGUCCAGUUCCUCUACUGGACCUUCGAGUGACCACACGCUCGGCAUUGGACAAGGCAGGUACCUCUACAUCGAACCCUCGGUCCCAAGACUGGCCGGAGACAAGGCGUGGCUGGUCAGUGAAAGUUUCGCCCCCUCCCACACCAGUAGCUGCAUCAGCUUCUGGUACAGCAUGUACGGGGCCACAGUCGGUUCCCUCAACGUCUACAUCAGGGUGCCCGGACGAACUGACAAGAUGAUCUGGCAUCAGUCCGGUAACCGAAGCAACGGCUGGUUCCUGGGCGAGGCACCAAUCACAGAGCGGUUCAGUAGUUACACCAUUGUGUUUGAAGGCGUCCGGGGCAUUAGCUACACUGGCGACAUCGCGAUUGACGACAUCACCGUCAUGACGUCGUACUGUGGAAUAAUUCCGCCGAAUGCCGCUGCCGUUCUACAGACGACCGCACAAGUGACGACACAGUCGGUGGGGAAGGCAGCGUUAUCAUGCGACUUCCAGAACGAUUUCUGUGGCUGGGUACAGAUCUCAAGAACGGAUCUCUCUGACUGGAACAGGAGACAGGGUAUCACUUCUGGAAGAGGCCCCUCCACAGACCAUACCUUUGGCAACUCCAAUGGCUACUACAUCCACUCUGAACCAUCUUCAGUCAGUGGGAAAACCAGGGACAAAGCUCGGCUGUUCAGUCCCCUGGUCCAGGCAGGCCAGAGCUGCAUUACCUUCUGGUACAACAUGUACGGCAGCAACGUCGGCGCCCUCAACGUGUACGUUCAAACAGGAAUAGUCAUUCCAUCCACUCCAACCUGGAAGAGGACUGGGACUCAGGGCACCCACUGGCUCAUGGGGCAGAUCUCAGUCAACGUCAAGAUCCCUUUUAAUGUGGUGAUUGAAGGCGUGAGUGGCGGCAAUCAAGGUGUUACAGCCAUUGAUGACGUUAACAUCGCCAACGGCUCUUGUUCAGCAGGAGCAACAGUGGGCCCCUCGUCAAAACCUGCCGCUGACAAAUGUAAUUUUGAGGAUACUAUUCUAUGUGGAUUCUCUCAAGACGUCGACCAUUCAGACAAUUUCGACUGGUCAAGGCAUGAAGGGGCGACCUCUUCCUUCGGCACUGGGCCUUCAAGUGACCACACGUAUGGGACAAGAUUAGGUCACUACAUGUACAUUGAGACCUCUGCACCAAGACGACCUGGUGAUGUUGCUCGACUCAACUCCUUCAUAUUAACUGGACCCACCUCACCACCAUGCCUCACCUUCUGGUACCACAUGUAUGGAAUCUCCAUUGGUACUCUCAAUGUGUAUGUCAUGAGGAAUGGUGCCAGGGGUUCUCCUCUUUGGCAUUUGUCAGGAAACCAAGGUAACUCUUGGAAAAUGGCGAAGGUCUCCCUCAACACUGUGGCAAGCAACACGUCAUACCAAAUUGUCUUUGAGGGCACCGUUGGAGCUGGCUAUGAGGGUGAUAUUGCGAUCGAUGAUUUCAGCGUGACAGCUGGUGCUUGUUCAUUGGGUGUUAUUCCCAAUGCAGCUCGACCAACCGUUACCCAGAAACCAACAACCAAAACAGCCCCACAAUCCACAACGGGCACCAAACCAACUCCCAAACCUACGGGCGACUGCACGUUCGAAUCUGGCCUGUGCACUUGGUCGAACACUGGCGGGGGAGAUCAGUUUGACUGGAUUUUGGGUUCCGGUAUGACGUCCAGUUCCUAUACUGGACCUUCGAGGGACCACACGCUCGGCAAUGCACAAGGCAGGUACCUCUUCAUUGAAACCUCGGCCCCAAGACUGGCCGGAGACAAGGCGUGGCUGGUCAGUGAGAGUUUCCCCCCUUCCAACACCAGUAGCUGCAUCAACUUCUGGUACAGCAUGUACGGGGCCACAGUCGGUUCCCUCAACGUCUACAUCAGGGUGCCCGGACGAACUGACAAGAUGAUCUGGCAUCAGUCCGGUAACCGAAGCAACGGCUGGUUCCUGGGCGAGGCACCAAUCACAGAGCGGUUCAGUAGUUACACCAUUGUGUUUGAAGGCGUCCGGGGCAUUAGCUACACUGGCGACAUCGCAAUUGACGACAUCACCGUCAUGACGGGGUACUGUGGAAUGAUUCCCAAUGCAGCUCGACCAACCGUUACCCAGAAACCAACAACCACAGCCCCACAAUCCACAGAGGGGAACAAAGCAACUCCCAAAACCUACGGCCAGUCACAAGAUGCUGCUGAAAUAGUUUGUCACUCACGAGUCUAUCCUUCAUCUUACACAGGAACAACAUUGGGCCCCUCAUCAAAACCAGCCGCUGACAAAUGUACCUUUGAGGAUAUCAUCAUAUGUGGAUUCUCUCAAGACCUUUCAGACGAUUUCGACUGGUCAAGGCAUGAGGGGCCAACUAGUUCAACUGGCACUGGACCCGCGAGUGACCACACUUAUGGGACAAUGUUGGGUCACUACAUGUACAUUGAGAGUUCUGAACCCAGACGACCCAAUGAUGUUGCUCGACUGAACUCCAUCAUAUUAACUGGACCCAUCUCACCAACAUGCCUCACCUUCUGGUACCACAUGUAUGGGAGCUCCAUUGGUGCUCUCAAUGUGUAUAUCAUGAGGAAUGGUGCCAAGGGAUCUCUAAUUUUGCAUUUGUCAGGAAAUCAAGGUAACUCUUGGAAAGCCGCAGAGGUCUCUCUCAACACUGUGUCAAGCAACACGAUAUACCAAAUUGUCUUUGAGGGCACCGUUGGAGCUGGCUACUCGGGUGAUAUUGCGAUCGAUGAUAUCAGCGUGACAACAGGUGCUUGUUCGUCAGAUGUGACUCCCAAUGCAGCUCGACCAACCGUUACCCAGAAACCAACAAGCACAGCCCCACAAUCUACAACGGGAACCAAAGCAACUCCAAAACCUACGGGGACAACAGUGGCCCCCUCGUCAAAACCAGCUGCUGACAAAUGUAACUUUGAGGAUAAUAUCAUAUGUGGAUUCUCUCAAGACCAUUCAGACGAUUUCGACUGGACAAAGCAUGAAGGGCCAACCUCUUCCUUCGGCACUGGACCUUCCAGUGACCACACGUAUGGUACAAGAUUAGGUCACUACAUGUACAUUGAGAGCUCUGCACCAAGACGACCUGGUGAUGUUGCUCGACUCAACUCCUUCAUAUUAACUGGACCCACUUCACCAUCAUGCCUCACCUUCUGGUACCACAUGUAUGGAAUCUCCAUUGGUAGUCUGAAUGUGUAUGUCAUGAGGAAUGGUGCCAGGGGUUCUCCUCUUUGGCAUUUGUCAGGAAAUCAAGGUAACUCUUGGAAAGUGGCGAAGGUCUCUCUCAGCACUGUGUCAAGCAACACGUCAUACCAAAUUGUCUUUGAGGGCACCGUUGGAGCUGGCUACUCGGGUGAUAUUGCGAUCGAUGAUUUCAGCGUGACAACAGGUGCUUGUUCUUCAGAUGUUAUUCCCAAAGCAGCUCGACCAACCGUUACCCAGAAACCAACAACCACAGCCCCGCAAUCCACAACGGGAACCAAACCAACUCCAAAACCUACGGUUAUUCCCAAAGCAACUCGACCAACCGUGACCCAGAGACCAACAACCACAGCCCCGCAAUCCACAACGGGAACCAAACCAACUCCCAAACCUACGGACGGCUAAAGAAGGCAUGACAUGCAACGACUGUCCUCGAGAUAUCACUUCCGACGACCUGAUUGUGGCUCGAUGACCACAUGGUAUAUAAAUGCAGUAUAAAAAUAAACUUCAUUAAACAGC